AUUUAAAAUAAUAAAUCUGAAGAUAAGAACAAAUAAUUGAAAAAAACAAUUAUUUAUAAAUAAAAUAAUAUGUAAUAAGCUUGCACAUACGUAAAUAUUGUGUAGAAAAAACUACUAAAAAGGGUAAAAUGAAAUAAAGUGAAAAAAUGAUUAAGAAAUAAAUAUAAUAUAAUAAAAAAAUUAAUUAAUAAUUGUAAAACAUUUUAAAGCAAAUAAAAAUUUUUAAUAACAUAAAAUUUUUUGUUAAUUAAUAUUAUAAAUAUACAAAAAAUACUAAAAUUUCAUAAAACUAACAGGACAAAUAUUGCGUAAGAAGUUCGUAAAAUAAAAACAUUACAAAUAAGGAAUGAUAAUAAUUGACUAAAUCGACGCGUCGAUUUACGUCGCGAUGUAACCAAAAUACAUUUAAAACAGAAUCGAAAUAUAUCGAUUCCAACAAGCUUUAACAAAUUAUUUAAGAACUAAAAAAUCAGUAAAAAGUAAAUAAUACUUAAAGUUGAUCAGAAAUUAGAUAAAUUAAUACUGCAAUGACAAAACUAAAAUACAAAUAAAUAUAAAAACUAAGAACUUAUAAAAAAUUAGGAAGCGCUUUUAAUUUGAAUAACAAAAAAACUACCCAAGCACUGUGAUUACAAAAACAAAAUACCAAAAAAAUUAGAAAAAUUAGAAAAAUACGAAGUAAAAAUCAAACAUAAAAUGUUUUCGACAAGCCAAAUAACACUCAAAAUUAUUCCCAUAAAAUAUUAAACUAAUUUUUAAAUAAAACAAAUGUAAAAAAAAUCUAAACCAAAUAGCAGCAACAUACCAUAAUCAACAAAGAAAAAAUAAAAACCCACAAACGUCGCACAACAACAUUAAGCUCAAAAUUAAGUAACGGAGAAAAACCGAGCACAAUAAAGCGCAACAGAACAAUUAAAUUCAGUUUUACUCCAACGUUUUUCACACGAAGGAAUCACAAGUCAAAUCAAGGCAAAAAAUAUUUGGUUAUUACAUAACCAAAGAAACGUUAGGUUUACCCCCAUUCACUCGAACAGAAUUGCAGGCAAUUCCGGCGUUGGGAAAUUAUUUCCCUCCAACAAAUUAGCCGCAAUCACAAUUAAAAGUAAGUCGAACCCGCUCAAGCGCGCCGACUAACGCCGAAAGUAUGGGCAAUACGCAAACAAACAAUAGCGCGCCAGCUCAUGAGCCGCAAACGCCGACAAAUGGCGCAGGUGGUGGCACUGGUGUCGGCGCUGGUGGCACGCAGAAGAGUCGUCGCGGCAGUCGAGUGAAAGUUUUUGCACGUUUCAGCCAAAGGAAACAAACAACGCAGCAGCAGCAGCAACAGCCGACAGCGUCCGCAUCGAAGGAGGCCAUCGUCGCCACACCCACAUCGACUUCCGCUUACGAUGACUCGAUCGAGGAGGAGCUGCUGAUGCUACGCCAAAGUCAUGCGUCUGUGAUAAGGCAAUUGGAGGAUGAACAAAUGGAUUUUCGAAAAAGUCAAAAACCACAGACGACAAAGAAAAAGAUAUCAAAGUUCUUCAGCAGAAAAGUGGAACAUGAGACGACGGCAGUAGAAGCAGUCUCCACAGAAGAUAACAAGAAAUUGACAGGUACCAAGCCAAAACGACCCGCACCUAAACCACCUGAGACAAAAGAAACGCCGACAGUUGUUGUCCCAAAAUCAAACACCACAAGCACAGAACAAGCGAUAACAGCAGCGCAACAAGUGAAAACAAUAAAAUCAACAACAACGACAAGCAAAGAAAUAAAAUCAUCAAACGAUUACGAACACGCAGCACCCACAAGCCGAUCAUCACAGCGAGAGCAUGAAGAUCACCGUGAGUUCAUUGAGCAUCUCUUCGCAGCGGCCACCAGUAAUAGCGGCAGCGAAGCCGCUGGCGGCACAGUAUACAUCGACGCCGCUGAGGCAACGGAUGAAGAGCGUGAAUCGUUGGAAUACGAUGAUGAUGACGGCUACAACGUGAACAACGCUGGUGUUACAGCGCGUGAGACAACGAAUGCUAGAAGCAGACAAGCAAAACAAACACAAAAACAUGCCUUGGAAGCUGGCCAAAUGGAAGCAACAGCAGUUCAUUCCACCGUAUCGCUGGAAGAUUUCCAGGCGCUACCGACGACGCAGACAAUAAACAAGAACGCUGCCAGCAAUUGGAAUGUCAACGCAAAGCAAAAUGGCGACGGUUCGGCGACUUACGUGAAACGAGUUGAAACGUCAAAAAGUCUCAUUGUUGACAGUGACAAAGACAGCGACGCGGCGCAAUCGAUUAAUGUAAUUGUUGCUGCCGAAUGUGGUCUAAACCAGCCACAGCGGUACACAUAUCAGAGACAACAAGCUAAAGGUGAAAUUAAUGCCUCAUUGGAUCAGUGUGUUGAUAGUGAAAAAUUGGAAAAAUCGGAAAAAUCCGUAACCGACGGUAAGCGUGUAAAGAAUGCAAAGAAAUUGUGCGUCCGCAAGUUGGUCGUACAAACAGAAUCGUGGAAAACGGCGAAUGCCAUAAAACGUGUUGAAGUUCAAUAUCGUGGCGAGCAGCGAACGAAAGCACAAGAGCCAGCCGAAAGUGUAAACGAGCAGACGGUGGGAGCAGAAAGUGCAAUUACACGCAAAGAAGCCACAGACGCACUCGAUGAAGGGGAAGUCUAUGAUGAGUACAACAACAUGCUCAUCUCCUCCGGUCGCCAUAGUGCACGGCAAGAGCCACAACAACAGCAACAGCAACAACACAAUAACUAUGAUAUUGUUCUACUUAAGGAAUUGUCAACAAGUUCUGAUUCACUCUUUACAGACCCCAUAUCACCGCGUAGCAUUGGCGAGCAACAACAACAACACAGUUCAGAGACGACAGCAAAUGAAUCGGACAAACGUACACACUUACGCACAUACAAUCGUUUGGCAGCGCGUGGCCUCAACGAUUUGCCAACGCUUAUCAAAGACCGACCGAUCAGCGAGAUCAGCAUAACAUCGGCCGAUACUUCGGGCAUACUCUCGCCGACAACAGCACGUGCUGUGCACGAGCUACAGCGUCGACAUCGCGCCGAUAAGGUAGCGCAUUUGUCCGUCUCACAAACGACAUACUUGGAAUUAGUGCCCGAUACGAGUCCCGAGCUCGAGUCGGACAGUCCGGAUGAGCAGAUGGCGUUGCAGCUGGGUAAGAAAUUGGCACAAGUGCUGAGUAGUAGCGGCAGUAGUGGUAGCGCUGCCACUGUGACGCCACAAGAUAAUGCUGCCGUGGGCACAGUGAGCGGAGCUGCGGAUCUCUUUGGUAACCUAGCGAAGACCAAGAAAAUCGAAUUGCAUAAUUUAUCGUCGCGACUGGGUACGGCAGCAAACACAACACCAACUGAGGAGAAAACAGAUGCCAGCACAACGAACAGCAAACAGUUGCCGCCUUCGACAGAAACUCAAUCAACCGUUAUAAUUUCGUUUAAAUCAUCGCAAACACCUGUUCAGUCUCAGCAACAGCUACAGCAACAAUCGCCAACACCAGCGACACCGCCUCCAACGACACGGACGAAACGGGAAACCGCUAGCGUGUCGACCCCAACCACAACCACAGCGACAGCGGCUGCGGCGGCUGGCACAGCAUCGGAAGUUGCUGCAUCAACGCCUACGAACGCAACAACUACAACAGCAGGAGCGUUGGCAUCCACAGAAAGUGGCAUUCUAACAGCAGCAACACCUUUGACACCCGCCACACCCAGCAACAAUGUACUCAAACGAGUCGCCUCACUCACGGCUGAGAAAGCAGCAGCUACAGCAGCCGCCGCCGCCGCGAACGCUAUUAACGCCAAUGCAAACGGAAGUGCGAGCGCCACCGGCAUGGCCGCGCAUUUGGAGUAUAUCAGCGGCUGUCGGCGUCUAUCUUAUGUGCCGGAGAAGUUAAGCUUCGCUGCGUAUGAAAAGUUCGAAGGUCAAAUGCUCAUGAAAUGGCUGAUUUCAUCGCUGCAACAAUCGGGCAGUAAUCUCAAUGAACAAGACUUGAAUAAUCUAACAAUACAGUAUUGUAACAAUCUAAUCAAUGUGGGUGUGUUAAAGCAGAUCUCCGAGGAAACGGAUAUUAAAAACUUCAGUCCUUAUUAUAUGUAUCAAUGGACCCACACGGAGGCGCCAACCACAUCUGUGCCUCUGACACCUGGCAGAUUGGACACAGUAGCAGUUUGGCCGCAUUGCAGUACACCCAGCACAGUGCCACGCAUACCGAAAGGCGUACAAGUGGAUACCACCACAGGUGAUCUCACAUUUCAACAGAAUCUCCGCAAGCGACUGCUUGCCUGUGGCAACCUAACCGAAGUGCACACGGUGGUCAACGAGCUGCUCAAUGUUAGCGAAAUGACACGACGGCCAUCUAAGCGCUGCAUAGAACUAACCGAUCUGCUAAAUGCUAGUGAAGCGACUAUUUACGAAAUUGAUAAACCAGCAGCAGCGACAGCUGGCGUUAUUCCCAAGCAAUCUCCACAAGAUAUGGCAAUACAGACUGAUGAAAUAUUAGUGACGGCAACAACCACGUGUCCGCUGUGCAAAGUGAAAGCGAAAGAAACCAGUGAUCAAGAAAUACAAACGGAAGCGGAAGUAGCGCCCAGUGCGCCUAAGCCUCCACCACCGCCGCCACCCCCAUUCGAUGCAGGAAUGGCACCGCCGCCACCGCCGCCGCCACCUCCACCAGCGCCUACAUCAACAGCGCCAGCACCGCCACCACCUCCUCCUCCGCCAGGCAUGAAUGCACCGGCGCCGCCGCCACCACCACCACCAGCGCCCGGAGCUCCAGCAGCCGGUCCACCACCGCCACCUCCUGCGUUGCCACCGCUAAACGUUUCAGCUGUGCCACCCCCACCUCCGCCCGGUGCGCCAAAACCACCUUCCUCUACCACACCGGCGCCACUGCCGAACCCGACGGAAGGCUCUUGGUUUCACACCACGAAUACUCUACGAAAGACUGCCGUUAACCCACCCAAACCGAUGAAGCCGCUUUACUGGACACGCAUAGUUACGAACGCGCCACUACCUAAACCGCCACCACCACAAGCCAGCACAGACUCCAGCGGUAGUGGUAGCUCACCAGAUGAUGCCGUGGACUCGGCAACACCCAAAGAAAUCUGGCAGGAAAUCGAGGAGACAAGUCUCGAUAAUAUCGACGAAUUUACCGAACUCUUUUCGCGGCAGGCAGUGGUGCCCAUCAGCAAGCCGAAAGAGAAAAAAGUGGUGCGUGUGAAGGCAAUGAAGGUGCUGGAUAGUAAACGUUCACAGAAUGUAGGUAUUGUGUCGCGGAGUCUGCAUGUUGACUUCUGUGAGAUCGAACACGCCAUCUAUCACGUGGACACAUCGGUGGUUAGUUUAGAAACUUUGCAACAGAUUAUUAACAUUAAAGCGACAAACGAGGAAUUAGAACUCAUCAAGGAGGCGGCACAAAGCGACAUACCGCUAGACUAUCCCGAACAAUUUUUACUCAAAAUCUCACAGAUCUCAAUGUCUACGGAACGCAUAUCAUGUAUCGUCUUCCAAGCUGAGUUCGAAGAGGCCGCCACGGUAAUUGCGCGAAAAUUGGAAGUUGUCACACAACUCUCACAAUAUCUGAUCGAGAGCGAAGACUUGAAGCAUGUAUUCGCUAUAAUAUUGACGCUGGGCAACUAUAUGAACGGUGGAAAUCGACAGAGAGGACAAGCGGACGGUUUUACAUUGGAGAUUUUAGGCAAACUCAAAGACGUCAAGUCGAAGGAGUCACAGACAACGUUACUGCACUUCAUCGUGCGUACCUAUAUCAGUAGGCGACGAAAGGAAGGCAUACAGUUGCUGGAAAUGAUAUUACCGAUACCCGAGCCCUCGGACGUGGAGCGUGCUGCACAAGUAGAUUUCGAUGAGGUUAAACAGCAAAUAAUGGAUCUGCAUAAAAAACUUAAAGCUAAUCAAAAAACCACGGAACGUGUUGUAAGCGCCUCAACCCCCAACACUUUGGAGCCGUUCAAGUCGAAAAUGGAAGAGUUUAUAGAGAGCGCAAUCAAAACGAUUGAUAAGCUCAACAAAGACUUGGAUGAAUCACGUUCGACCUUCAUCGAGACAAUGCGUUUCUAUCAUUUUACGCCCAAAUCACGUGCGCUGGAGCAAUGCACACCUGAUCAGUUCUUUGAGUAUUGGACCAAUUUCACGAAUGACUUUAAGGACAUAUGGAAGAAGGAGAUAGCCACAUUGUAUGACGACUUGUUACGCAAGUCGAAACAGAUACAAACACAAUCACGUAAGAAGGUGAAAACGACAAAAGUGACACCAGGCUGCCUUAAGGAACGUAUCUUGCGAUUGAGUAAAAAAUAAAUUUGUCUCACAGUUCGAUUUUUUUAUUAGAAUGAGAGAGCAAAAUUGUUAGAAAUAUAAUUAUUUUACGAAAGCAUUGAUAUAUACAUUAAUAUUGCUCUAAAAGCUUUUUACGCAUUGUAUUUAUUAUAUUUGUAAUAUUAGCUAAGUAGCCUUAUAUAAUGAUUAGCCUUUAGACUAAAUUAAGUUUAUAUAAGAAAUAUUAUUUUUGUUCUUUUUUUAAACUACAGAAAAUAUUUAAUUCGAAAUUGUUAAAUAAAAACGCUUAAAUUAAAGAAUUACGAAAGAAAA